GCAGCGGCGGCGGCGCAGUCUGCACCAUGGCGUACCCGGGGCACCCUGGCGCCGGCGGCGGGUACUACCCAGGCGGGUAUGGAGGGGCCCCCGGAGGACCUACGUUUCCCGGACAGACUCAGGAUCCGCUCUAUGGUUACUUUGCUGCUGUAGCUGGACAGGAUGGGCAAAUAGAUGCUGAUGAAUUGCAGAGAUGCCUGACCCAGUCAGGCAUUGCUGGAGGAUACAAACCUUUUAACCUGGAGACUUGUCGGCUUAUGGUUUCAAUGCUGGAUAGAGAUAUGUCAGGCACAAUGGGUUUCAAUGAAUUUAAAGAACUCUGGGCUGUGCUGAAUGGCUGGAGACAGCACUUCAUCAGUUUCGACAGCGACAGGAGCGGCACAGUGGACCCUCAGGAGCUGCAGAAGGCCCUCGCCACGAUGGGCUUUCGAUUGAGUCCCCAGGCUGUGAAUUCAAUUGCAAAACGCUAUAGCACCAAUGGCAAGAUCACCUUCGACGACUACAUCGCCUGCUGUGUCAAACUUCGAGCCCUGACAGAUAGCUUUCGAAGACGGGAUACUGCUCAGCAAGGUGUUGUGAAUUUCCCAUAUGAUGAUUUCAUUCAGUGUGUCAUGAGUGUUUAAAUCAAGAGGAAGCUGUAUGAACAUAACCAACAUUCCGACUGGAGUUCUUCUUUGCUCUUACCCUUUGUCUUCAGUAACGUGUGUAAACUUGCAGCGCUGUUUUUCCUUCAUAGCUGUUAUAAAGGUUUACUCCUUGAUGUACAAUGGAAGUUUUUAGUAUUGGUAAUAAAUUCUUUGAGAUUUUUACGAAUAGAAGAUCAGGUCUCUUAACACCAUUUGGAACUUCCUUGAGCCUUUGUCGGUAUGCCUUAUCUUCUGGCUAAGCCUCUUUUAUGUAAAUUUCAGUGCACAAAAUGUUUAAGUCACAUGGUAUAUUUUUCACUGUAAGAUUCGUAAAAAUCUUUUCAUCAGACUA